AUGGAGGGGGGAAUACCUAAAUCAUCUUACUUCGAACAAGGCGGGAAACUGAACCGUUUCCAUUCCGGCUGCCUCGUCGGCAUACUAAAGCUGAGGUGUCAGAAGAAGACCCUCUAUAUGGAAGUGAUGUACCGGAACGGAAUCCUUGGCAUCUAUGCCAUGAUGCGACAACUACAAUUGUUCCGAAGUGGCUAUCUCGCUGGGGUGGAGGACGAGUGUCUACCUAAACAACUCUUUCACGGUGAGGUCGCUAGGAGUGCAGAAAGUGUUUUGCAAAAACACUCUGAAUUCUUCCUUCAGGCACCUAUAACUCAGUUGGGCGAUCUGGAAGGACCUCACCCAGAUUUGGCUGACCUGAAGAAGGACAUAGCCCAGUCCUUUGCCUACCCCGGUCCCGUCUCACAAAGUCUCUCUACUGUUGUCAAUCAGAACUUCCCACGGGAUGGAGCCUAUGUUCCAAACUUUCAGCUGACUACGGCUUGUCAGGGCGUAACAAAGUUGCAUUCCGAACAGCAGCAAAGAGGACGCGGGGAUGGAGGCGAGGUAGAAGAAGAAGAAGAGGGUGAGGAAGAAGGGGAAGAGGAAGGUGAGGAUGAGGAGGAUGAGGACGAAGAGGAGGGGGAGGAAGAGGAAGAUGAGGCCGUAGAAGAGAAUGUGCAUUCGAUUAACAGGAGUCCUUCAACUCCUAUGGACAACACAGAAGCGACACAAACUGCGGCUGCGGUUCCAUUUUGGGGCCUUGUGCACAAUCCCCCCCAACAGCAGGAAAGCCAUCCAACUGAGCAGCCGAAAACUCAACAGGUCUUCGAGGGUUCUGUGGCUAAUGCAUUCUGCCUGGCACCUCCAUCGACAGUCGGGUGCGCAGGACAUCUCAUGUCAGCCGCUGCAGCCGCCGCAAUGGCUCAGAGUUUUUUCUCAACCCCUUGUCAGUCACAAACCCCGGCUGUUGGAAACAAACACGGUCCCAGUCUGAAUUACCUUCUGGCGGCACCUCUGGCGGCUGCAUUAUCAACUUACCAAUCUUCCGCACCCUGGACACUCUCAGGCUUGCGGCAGCCGAGUCACGGCGAGGUAAAUAGGGAUCCGAGAUGUGGGGAACCUACUGGGACCCCUUUAAUCUUGGAAAACAACAACACCAAGGACCCUGAAUGCGCCUCUGAGGGAAGCCACAGUAGCAGCAGCAGGAGCAGUAGGGACGGAGGCGCUGACUCCCCGAAUCAGGUAGCCUUCUCUGCCAAUCAGCAGUUACUCCCCCACCGAAGCAACCAAUCGUUGCGGGAACCGCAGCUGCCUACCAGGGAGACCGGUGACUUCUUUCCGGCUGGGUUACAAGUCUACAACGUCGAUACCCCCACAAGUAUCAGUACCACUGACAACGGCGGUACCACCGGGACUGACAGCCUAUACCGGAACUAUGGAGACGAGGGCUCG